GGUCUGACGUCAGUCUCCAUGGUAACCGCGGACGCGAUGGCUGCCCACCUCAGUCACCCGGAAGGCGCCCCGCUCCCUGGCUGUCGCUGACCGAGCCCCUCCGAGCCCGGCACCCCGUGGGGGAGGAGGAGGAGGGGGAGGGGGAUGGCGGCACCACGGACAUCGCACCGUGGAGGGGACUCGAACCCGGCCACGGUGAAGGGGCUCAGCGCGGCGCUCGUUGCCAUGGCGAUGCAGGACCACAUCGCCCGCGACCUGGGCCUGACGCGGGCCCUGACUAGGCCCAGGGUGCCCCCGGGCCCGAGGCUUCGACAACGGGGGCAGGGUGGUCCUGAGGGGGGUCCCAGUAGGGGCUCUGGUCGGGGUCCCAGGGAGGGCCUUAGCGGGGGCCCCGAUGAGGAGCGGGAGUACGUGCUGGGCCCCAGAGCGCCUCCGCUCACUCUGGCGCAGCGCCUGUGCCUGGUGCCGGCGCCGCAGGGCACUGCUCUCUCCCAGGAGGAAUGGCGCACCGUGAAGUCACGCUCAGCCCAGCGCGAGCUCUUCUCCCUGCCCUGCGUGAUCUGCCGUGAGGAGCUGGGGGCCCACACGCAGGUGCUGCUGUCCUGCUCGCACGUCUUUCACCAGGAAUGUGUGGAGGCACUGGAGCGAGUGGCGCGCUGCCGGCGCUGCCCCGUGUGCCGCGUGUCUCCCUAUGAGGCUCGCGUCGUGCACGAUGCCUCCCGCCUCUACCGCCACAAGUGUGCCACGCGGCUGCAGGCGUGGUGGAGGGGCGUCUCUGUCCGUGCGCGGUUCCGCCACCUCCGUGAGUCCGUGCCGCCCCGCGACCCCUCGCUGCGCCGCCGCUUCUACGAGAACAAGCUGCUGGUGCUGGGCGAGCGUCUGGUCCGUGCAUGCGACUCCGGCGUGGACGCCUUUCUGCGUGAGAUGGAGGUAGAGCGCGAGCGGCGAGCACAGCAGAGCGAGGAGGCGAGCGCCAGCUGGGACUGGGAGCGCAUCGAGGCCACGGCACUGGCCCGGGACCCACGCCUCUGUCCCAUCUGCCUCACUCCGCUGUGGCUCCUGGCGCAGGAGGCUUCAGGUGGUGCCCGGCCCCUCCAGCAGCAUGGCGCUGUCGGGGCAACCAAGGGGAGGGGCCGCGGGAGCGCAGCCCCCCAAAGAGGGGGGGCAGCGGUCACGGAGAGACGGAAACAGAAGCCGGGGACACGGAGAGGGGCGGCGAGGACCCCUGCAGCCUUGAUCCCGGCGGGUCCCCCGGCUUGCCCCCAGGCGCGCCCCUCAGCGCUGACCCCAGCGGGAGCCCCCCCGGUUCUCCUGUCGUGUGCCCACGUGUACCACGACGCGUGCCUCGAGGCGCUGGAGGGGUUCUCUGUGGGAGUCCUGCGCCUCUGCCCUUUGUGCAGGGCUCCCUACAGCAAGAGGGUCCUGCGGGACCCCCGGGAAGGGAGGCAGGGGGGGUUGCUACCACGUGACCCCCGUGAGUCAGUGACCACCCCCCCCCCCCUCGAUGAUGCAGUGACCACACUCAUCCCGCAUCAAGUCGUGCAAUCAGUGGCAGAGUGAGCAGCCACUCAGGCUGCGAGUUGGAAUCUGUUCGGUGGCAUAGGGGUUGCAAUUGACUCGGUCCAACUGCACCCAGGGGGUCACGCUCGUCCAUGCAGGGGUCACGCUCGUCCACCCAAGGGUCACGCGCAUCCACCCAGGGGGUCACGGUCGUCCACCCAGGGGUCACACUCGUCCACCCAGGGGGUCACGGUCGUCCACCCAGGGGUCACGCACGUCCACCCAGGGGGUCACGCUCGUCCACCCAGGGGUCACGUUCGUCCACCCAGGGGGUCAUGCGCGUCUACCCAGGGGUCACGCUCGUCCACCCAGGGGGUCACGCUCGUCCACCCAGGGGUCACGCUCGUCCACCUAGGGGGUCACGGUCGUCCACCCAGGGGUCACACUCGUCCACCCAGGGGGUCACGCUCGUCCACCCAGGGGUCACGCACGUCCACCCAGGGGGUCACGCUCGUCCACGCAGGGGGUCACGCUCGUCCACGCAGGGGGUCACGCUCGUCCACCCAGGGGUCACGCUCGUCCACCCAGGGGUCACGCUCGUCCACGCAGGGGUCACGCACGUCCACCCAGGGGGAGAGAGCCUCAAGUCGCCCCGCCUGGCGAUCCACAUCCACCCACGCUCAUCUUCCAGAUAAUCAUCAUCUCCAUCAUCAGCAUCACAAUCUUUAUUUAUCCUGGAAGAUUUCCGAUGCGCUUUGAAGAUCUUUUUUUCACCGAUGUCCAGUAGGGGUUCGCGGGUCAGCGAGAAAAGGUAAUUAAGUUGCUAAAAACAAA